CAAACAAACACUCCCGGGAGAGACCGAGGGAGGAAGAUGGCGGCGACUGACCGUUCCCGGUCCGAAGCUGCGAAACAGCGGCGGCAGGAUCAGCUGCAGCGCUGGCAGGGCUCGGAGACGGACCGGACCGGGUCGGAGACGAGGAGCCAGUCUUCCGCUCCCGGAAACCGACGGGCCCGAGUGUGCUUUGCCCAGGGCGCCGUUUUCAUGGCCGCCUGCUCAGCCGGAGACCAGGAGGAGGUAGCGGAGCUCCUGAGACAGGGUGCCGAUAUCAACCACGCCAAUGUAGACGGACUGACGGCGCUGCAUCAGGCGUGUAUUGAUGAAAAUGCUGAAAUGGUUCAGUUUCUGGUGGAGAGCGGCAGUGAUGUAAACAGAGGAGACAAUGAAGGCUGGACGCCCCUUCAUGCGGCUGCAUCCUGCGGUUUCAUCCAAAUCGCAAAGUACUUGAUAGAGCAUGGCGCAAAUGUUGGAGCGGUGAACAGCGAGGGUGAACUUCCUCUAGACGUCGCCACGGAGGAUGCCAUGGAGAGACUGCUGAAAGCCGAGAUUAAAAAACAGGGUAUUGACGUGGAGCAGGCGAGGAGAGAGGAGGAGAGAGUGAUGUUACAGGACGCGAUGGUCGUGCUUGCAGGAGGAGGCUCUCUGCUCCCUCAUCCAAACACACGUGCCACAGCGCUGCAUGUUGCUGCUGCUAAAGGAUACAUCGAGGUGUUAAAGGUGCUGUUAAAGUGUCAGAUAGACGUGGACAGUCGGGACAGUGAUGGCUGGACUGCUCUCCAUGCGGCAGCUCACUGGUGUCAGGAAGAGGCCUGCAGUCUACUCUCUGAACACAUGUGUGACAUGAGUGCUGUCAGUAAUGUGGGCCAAACUCCACUUGAUGUUGCUGAUGAGAGCAUUGUUGAUAACUUGGAGGAACUGCAGAAGAAGCAGAACGUUAUGCGUUUAGAGAAACAGAAGAUCCAGACCCCCGUCAUUGAGACCAGCCCACCUGUUUCUAUGGCACCAGCUCGCCCUCGCAGGAGAUCCAUCUCUCGUAUGAGCAGCAAAGAGAAGAUCACCCUGCAUGAGAGAGAGAAACAUGCUCCACCCACACUCCAGACUCCACCCACCGAAGAGGAAGAGGAGGAGUCACGUGCAACAGUCCCCCCAAAAGCCUCCAGCAGCUCCAGUUCAGAGGAAGAGAGUGAAUCUGAGAGUGACGCCGAGUCAGAGAAAGCAAAAACGCGGGAAAUGAUCAACAACUUGAACAACAAACGCAACAAUGCUGCUCCCGUUGCAAGCACUUUGGUGACCAGCUCUGGCGGAAACCAAGUUAAAAAGGCUGAACCUGCUCGGACACCAGUGACAGAAGCUCCGGGUUCCUGGAGAACAUCUUUGCGUAAAGCAGGAAGUUCUGUAGCUUUGGGCCCUGCAGGGGCCUCUGACCCACCCAAUGAGGCCCUCAAGGACCCGGAGACUAAAAUGACACGCUCGUUAUCUAGUCCCAGACUGAGCUCUGAAACUGAUAAUAAGGAGCCCAGAUUGGCCCGUGUGCAGCCCACUCCGUUCAAACGUUUGUUCAGUAUCACAGACACCAACACCAACCCUGACAACACCAGCAGCUGGUUAAGCCGGAGCACUCGCCGGUUGAACAGCCAGUCCUCUAGUGACGUGCCGGGUCAGAACCCCCUGUUACCUCGCAGCUCAUCUUAUGGAAGGAAACUUGAUGACCCCUCAGUGACCUCUGUAACCACGGGAACCUCUGGACUCAGUCGCAUCAAUAAUCUAGUGGCUCAAAGGUCAGCUCAGGAAGAGGCUGAGAAGAAGGAACCCGUCUCUGUGACGACCUCCAAUUCUGUAACCACAACAGGCGAGCCAGAGACCAAACAGAGACGCAAGUCCUAUCUGACUCCGGUGCGUGAUGAGGAGGCGGAGGCUCAGAGAAAGGCCCGGUCCCGACAUGCCCGCCAGUCCAGGCGGUCCACACAGGGUGUCACUCUCACAGACCUGCAGGAAGCAGAGAAGACAAUGACGGAAAACAAGGGAAAAGAGAAGAAAGAGGAUGAGGAAAAAGAAGGGAAGCAAAAGAAGGGAGAGGAAGGGGAGGUGAGCUGGCGGUCUCGAAUCGCUAACCUGCAGAAGUCUGAUUUAUUGGGUCUCACUCACCCGCCUGGUGCUCCACGUCCUGACAGACAGGACGUGGACAGCGCUAUUGCAGACAUUGAGGAGCGGGUGAGGGAGCGCAGGCGGGCCAGAGCUCACAGGAGAGGAAGAACAGGAGAGAGUGACGACAAUGAGCCCAGUGGAGAGGAUGAGAGUAUUGGUGGGCGGGACCCACAGACAGACAGACACAUGAGCAGCAGGUCUGAUCCAGUAUUGAAUGACAGCAUUCUCACAAGAGGAUCUGAGUCCAGGGACUUUAAAAAGUUGUUCGAGGAGGUCUCCAGGGAAAACCGUCGUCUGCAGUCACAGUUAUCAGAUACACAGAGAACUAUUUCACUGACACGGCUGGAGCUGGAAAAGGCUACACAGAGGCAGGAAAGGUUCACGGACUGCACAGCUUUGUUGGAAAUGGAAAAGAAGGAAAGAAAAAUGUUGGAGAGGCGUGCUGCUGAAUUGGAAGAGGAGUUGAAGGUUUUGGGGGAUCUGAGAGCCGAUAACCAGAGGCUGAAGGACGAGAAUGGAGCGCUCAUUAGAGUCAUCAGCAAACUCUCCAAAUAAACAGAGAAGAAGAGCGGAAGAAAGACGAGGGAUAGUGAACCCCCCAACCCCCCCGCCCCCACACACACACACAUCCUUUCAAGAUCCAAAUAAGGGGAAAGAGGAGGAAAAUGUGUUUGUUUUAUAUGGACCUUCCAAAUGGGUCACAAUUUGACGUGGUCUUUUACCUUUUUCUUACAAGAGUGUGUGUUAGCACUUCAUCCAUGAUCUCAAUAGGCCAAUAAGACGACGCGACAAAGCUUCUGCCCUGCAAAAAAUAACGAAAAAAAAAAUCAAUAUUUUUGUCCUUUUUCCAGUAAAAAACAAAAGACAUCGCAAAUUUACUUGAAGUAAAUAUAUGACUUGUUUUCAAAAGAAUACAUCUCACCCCAUUGGCAAAUGGUUUAUUAUUAAGCAUAAAGCUUGCAAACAUUUUUAUAUUUAAAACAAGAAAAAAACAAUUUGCCGAUGGGGUGAGGAAAAAUAAACUUAAUUCAAGAUAUAUUCUCCGCAAACAAGCAUCUUCAUUUUGCUAUUAAAGUAAAUGUUGUUUAGAUGUAUAGAUAUUAUGUGAAUCCAGGCAAAAAUACUGAUUAAGAAAGUUUUUGUUUUUUUUCUGCAGUUUGCAUUCUCUAUCUUUGUUUCUUACACACACACACACACACACUCGCACUUAUAUAUGGACGCAUGCACCAUGCACAUUCAUAAGCGUGACCACACACACUCGACACACAUUCCACGAGUCUCGGGCAGCUGAAGUUUGCAGUAUUUUUGCAUCUUUGCACGCUACAUUGUCUGCACAAACACAAUUGAGAGGUUUUACCCUAAACUCCACUAAAAGUGGUCUAAAUAUAGGGCUGUUUGACUCCAGAAACCAGCACCAAAAACCAACAACAAACAAUACUGAUGACAAUCAGAGACAUUGUUAGUGCCAAAAAACACGCAGCCAGUUAUUCUAUGCAUCUUUUUAUAGAGCAACACUUGUGGCGGGCAAGGCGUAAAUUUCUAUUUUCAUAUUUUUUAUUAUUGUAUGAUUCCAUCCUUGCUAUCAGUUUCUUCAAAAAUGGAGAUAAGGCCUUUUGUGUAAUGUGUAAAUGUACAAACAUUCGUUUGAAAUCAAACCGCUUGUAACAUGAUAUCGGUUCAGUUUUCUCCACGUGUUGUUUUCUAAUAUAUUGAAUAAAUGUUGGCACUUAAUAAAAGAUGUGUGUUUGUAGCCUC